GCUGCACAUACUUUGCACAACCACCUGCUUCACACAGCCAAGAGAAGUAAACACAUCAGCACUAGUAGAUUUCACGAGUCAGAAGCUCAGCGCAAGAUGGAGAACCAGGCACACAUCGCCGGCGAGAAGAAGGGCAUCAUGGAGAAGAUCAAGGAGAAGCUCCCCGGCGGCCACGACGACCACAAGGAGACCGCUGGUACCCACGGGCACGCCGCCACGGCGACGCAUGGUGCCCCGGCCACCGGUGGUGCCUACGGGCAGCAGGGUCACGCUGGAACCACCGGCACGGGGUUGCAUGGCGCCCACGCCGGCGAGAAGAAGGGCGUGAUGGAGAACAUCAAGGACAAGCUCCCUGGUGGCCACGAGGACCACCAGCAGACCGGUGGCCACUACGGGCAGCAGGGACACGCCGGCACGGCGACGCAUGGCACCCCGGCUACCGCUGGCACCUAUGGGCAACAGGGGCAUACCGGCACGGCGACGCAUGGCACCCCGGCGACCGGUGCAACCUAUGGGGAGCAGGGACACACCGGAGUGACCGGCACGGGGACGCACGGCACCGGCGAGAAGAAGGGCCUCAUGGAGAACAUCAAGGAGAAGCUCCCCGGUGGCCACGGCGACCACCAGCAGACCGGUGGAGCCUACGGGCAGCAGGGACACACCGGCACGGCGACGCAUGGCACUCCGGCUGGCGGCGGCACCUACGGGCAGCAUGCACACACUGGAAUGACCGGCACGGAGACGCACGGCACCACGGCCACCGGCGGCACCCAUGGGCAGCACGGACACGCCGGAACGACUGGCACUGGGACACACGGCACCGACGGGGUGGGCGAGAAGAAGAGCCUCAUGGACAAGAUCAAGGACAAGCUGCCUGGACAGCACUGAGCCCGGUGUGCCGACGGCCGCUCCCUUGCAGAAUAAUAACCCUACCGUGUAUAAAUUGAUCUGAGUCUAGUUCACCUAGCUCACUUGGCCGUUGGAGGAGCGAAUGUAUCUUGUAUCUUGUUUAAAGUUUUCACGGACAAUAUUGUGUUCACGGUUUUCGUCUGUUUA